AUGUCCACGGAUCCGCCUGGUGCGGGUGUGCCCAAUGAAGAAGGCCCGCCUGUCGACAUCGACUCCAACGCCCGAAGGGCUUCGGGCGCCAGACGGUCGCGUCGCAAGAAGGACGACGAUACAACAAACCACACCGCUACACCAGAAUCCAAAGUCAAGAAGGAGACCAAGCCAACUCGGGCCCCUCGUCGCCCCCGGGAAAAAUCCAUGUCCACCGCGGCGGCGCGCAAGAAAGCCAAGCUGGAGCAACCGGGAGACGAAGCCACGGGGCCUGCCGGGGCCGGGGCUGCAGCACCAGCACCCACACCAGCUGCAACGUCAGCAGCGUCGGUAGUAUCACCAACCACCGCCGCUCCCCCUCCUCCUGCUGUCCCGGCCGAUUCCCGAAGUCCUCCUCCUCAAUUGCACACGGCCCCGAGCCCUCCUCAGCCGACUCCACCCCCGGCCUACUCAAGUCCACAUCCCCCCCCGGCUGCCCGGCCCCAGGAGCCUGCGUCGCGGCCAUAUCAACAAGUGCACGCACAACCACAACCACAACCCCCACCAUCACAACCCACCAAAGCCCCCCAAGCUCCCCAACGGACCAGUGGACAAAACUUUGAUCCUAUUCGAUCCGCGUUUGACAACCCGUCCCCCGCCCCGACUUAUACUCCUCCACCUCAUAUCGCCUCGCCGCGAAAUAAUGGCUAUCGCGCCAGUGCAUCGCCGGCUAUCUCCAGCAUCAUCGAUCCACCACAGUUCUCAAACCCGGUCGAUUUGUAUGUAGUGCCUCCGCGCACAUCGCCUGGCUAUGUCUCGUCCGUCUCCUCGCCAGCGCCACCGGCGAUGGCACAUACACCGACCCACCCGACCCUUGCUCCCUCGCCUAUACCUGCGUCCUCUCCAUCGCACGGAGCGUUUACACCUCAGCCCACUCACGUUUCCCCAUAUGCUUCUAUGGAACAACGUCCACCACUGCAAUCGCAGCCCUCUCAAUUAGAACUCUCCUCGCCGGCCUUACAGGUGCAGCAACCACCAGCACAACCCAAGUCACAAUCCCAACCUCCAGAGCCCUCGGCACAUAUAUCUACUCCGCCACGCCCUACUCAGCAAUCAUCCGAUGCCAUGGAUAUCGACUCGAAGGAGCAGCCGGCGUCUACCACGAAGAAAGAAAAAGGCACGACCACGGCUCCGACAUCCAAGGCACCCUCUCCCAAGCCGGCUCGCGCUGCAAAGGAAGCUCCGAAGAUACCCCAGGGAUCCGGUCUGAUCACGAACGCACUGUUCGGUGGCAUUGAUGAGUCCUCCAAGUCCGAUGCGCGCAGCUCACCCAAUAUCAUUGUGCAUGUCCCCUUGCAAAAGGGCAACCAAGUCAUCAACUUCGCGCAACUCGCCGAGGAACGCUACGGGUUUGCCGCGCUGCAUCCUCGUCUGGCGGCUCAUAAAGAGCGUCUGGCACGCGUCGCCGCCGCCGGAGACGCACUGGAGCGGAACGUCAAAGGUGGGAAGGGAGCGUCAGCUGGGGAGAGUGCUGACGAAGAUCUCAGUUUGGACAUGGAUCGUGACAGUGACAUGGACGGUGAUAUCAGCAUGCUCGGCGCCGGUCCUGGAACCAACGCCCCCUCCGAAACAAGCGACGGCAAAAAGAAGCGACGCAAGAAGGUCGAAGAAUACGACCGAGACGACCCCUUUGUUGAUGACAGCGAGUUGGCCUGGCAGGAACAAGCCGCCGCAAGUAAAGACGGUUUCUUUGUUUAUAGUGGUCCCCUCGUCCCCGAGGGCGAGAAGGUCCAGGUGGAACGUGCUGACGGCACCAUCAAACGUGGCCGUGGACGCGGCAGAGGAACCGGCCGCGGCCGCUCCAUCGCCUCUCAUCCACAUGUCCCGAUAGCCGCCGCCGUCCCUAUCUCCCAGGACACCGGUCUACCUCUCCGCGGCCCUGGCUCCCGCGGUGGUACCUCGCGCCGCGCGCGAACCGCCAAGAAAGCCGAUCAGGCUGACAAACAUGCCGAUAAACACGACAAACACGCCGACAAACACGCCGACCGCAGCGGCACCACUGCCUCAUCCGCCCAUGAAGGCCGCAGCGGUCGCGGCGGCAGUGCAGCCGGCAGCUCUUCCCGUGGCGGUGGCGGUGGUGGUGCGCGCGGCGGCAAGUCUAGCUCCUUGACGACGAUGGUAGAUCUGGCGCCUGCGCCGCCGUCCAACUCUACCCCCAAUAUUGCUCCUGCGCCUAGCCCGAGCCCGCUGACUGGGCCGGAGCUCGUAAUGAAAUAG